AUGACCACGAACAAAGCGCUUAUUUUCAAAAAAAUCCCCCAGGGCUACCCCGUCCCAGGAGAGCAUCUUGUCGUUGAAUCAGUGCCUGGCAGCGCGAACUCUCCCGCUCCACCGGGUGGCGUUGUCUUGCAAUCCCUAUAUGCCAGCUUCGACCCGUAUAUGCGCCCUCGCAUGCGAUCCGCCCAAAUCAAAUCUUACACACCAGCAUUCACGCUCAACCAGCCAGUCGACGGCGUCCUCAUCGGAAAGGUUCUCCGUUCGCAGACUGCGCACUAUCAUGCCGGUGACUUAGUGGUUGGCCAUUUCCCAAUACAGCAGUAUAUCAUCCUCACACAAGACGCGAUCACCAAGAUUAAACCGCUCGAUAACCCUCUUGGAAUCAAGGACAUUCGCGUAUUCCUAGGUGCCCUAGGCAUGCCCGGACUGACCGCCUACUCGUCCCUCUACGAGAUAGGCAACCCUAAGAAAGGGGGUACGAUCUUUGUAUCCGCCGCGAGCGGGGCAGUCGGACAAUUGGUCGGGCAGCUGGCGAAACACGAAGGCCUCAGGGUUAUUGGCAGCGUCGGGAGUGACGAGAAACUCGCAUAUAUCACGCAGGAGCUUCAAUUCGACUGUGGCUUUAACUAUAAGAAGGAGAAGCCCAGUGACGCGCUAAAGCGAUUGGCUCCUCAUGGAAUUGAUAUAUACUACGAGAACGUCGGAGGGGAGCAUCUCGAAGCUGCGCUGGAUGCGUUGAAUGAUUUCGGGCGGAUUAUAUUGUGCGGUCUUAUCUCACAGUAUAAUGCCGGCCCGUACCCGAUCGGAAACCUGGACAAUGCUCUCUUCAAACGGCUUACGUUGCGCGGGUUUAUCGUCAGUGAUCCGGAUAUGGGUGCAAAGUAUUCCGAGGAACACCAGCGGAAUCUCCAGGCGUGGAUCAAGGAAGGUUCCUUCAAGGCGCUUACGCACGAGGUCGAGGGCAUUGACAACGCGGCGGGUGGCUUGGUGGGUAUCUUUCAUGGACAGAACUUUGGUAAGGCUGUAUUGAAGUUUUAG